ACAUUUUUUGUUCGUGUAGUAGGUAUACUUGUACUUACAUAAUUAUAUUUACAUAAUAUAAUAUUCGAUUGUAACCUAUAGAUUUGAAGAAGACAUUCUAAUGGAGUGCAUUUUGUGUGGAAAAUCCAUUGAUGGAUUACAAGACGAAUCGGUAGUACACAAACCAACAAAACAGGGUCUACAAACCAUCUGUAGUGCUGCUGAAAAAAGACAGGAUACUUUUGGAAUACGAAUUUUAGAAAAAAAAUACGCUAUUUUAGAUGGAACUUUAAAAGUAAAAUUUCAUAAAACUUGCAGAAAAACGUAUACUAGUAAUAUGAAUAUUGCUUCUGCCACCACCAGUGAAACCGAUGAUCUAUUAAACCAGGCAACUGCUUGCUCUAAAACCACCAGAAGUCACACUGGUUCCUUUGAUAUAAGAAGUAUGUGUUUAAUCUGCAACAAAACUGGACCCAGAAAAAUUAAGCAAAAGAAGGAAAAAUUAACUUCGGUACAAACAGGUUCUGGCAAAAAUACGUUUAAAAAAAUAAUUGAGGCUGCCAAAGAGAAAAAUGAUAUAUCAAUGAUUUCAAAAUUAUGUGGCUUCGAAGAUUUGUUUGCUUAUGAUGCCAAAUACCACAAAAGCUGCUAUACCCACUACAUAUCGCGGCGAAAUAUACAAGCCACAAAAAAUGAAAUGAAAAAAUCUUCGGAUCAACUUCCGCAAACUUUAUCGAAAUCAGAGGAGUAUUUUUCAGAUGAGUCCGAUACUACAGAUAAUGAAAAUUAUUUCACGACGGAAAACAAUCAUGAUAGUGGCAUACAAUCUGAGCAAAAAGAGUUCCCCAUGCCUGAAAACAUUUCUUCAUCUGAAUUUGAAAAACAAGUGCCCAAAUUACUUCUCACAUUUAUGUCUUGGCUAAUAGAUGAUAAUGCUUUUAACAAUGUGGAAAGUGAAGUGGCAGAAGCAGUUAUACCUUGCAGCAUUAUUAUGGCUCUGGUUUCAAAAAUUUAUAAAAAAAAUUACUUUCAAUUUGGAUUGGGACUGUUCAUACAUCAUACAGUUCGUAGUAAACAACUUUUGGAGACUUUAUCUGAUAUUGGCCUCAGCUGUACCUACAAUGACGUUCGCCAGUUAACAACGGCACUUGUGAAACAAAAGGUCCAUAAAGAACAAAUUUAUAUACCACUGGGUAUAGAUAUGGUUAGUCCUUCAAUGAAAAAUUAUAUCCAUGCAAGUAUGGAUAAUUUUGAUCUAAAUGAACAGACUAUUGAUGGUAAAAAUACAACUCAUAGCAUGGCUAUAGUUGUGUUUCAACAGCGAAAUAAUGAUCGUAGUUUUGCACGUUCAAAUAUUUCCAGAGAAGGACCUUAUUCGCUAAACACAGAAGACUUAGAUUUUCCUUUCCAAAACAUUUUGAAGUAUAACAAUCCCCCUAAUCGUCCCAAGCCCUCAUCAUUCAAACAAAUUGUUCUUAACAGACAAGAAGAUGAAAUUGCAAAAAAAACCAAUCUAGCCUGGACUCUUUUACGAAACUUUAAUGGCGGAACCCCAUUUUUUAAUUGGUCCUCAUAUAAUAAUAUUUUAUCUGAUAAUGAGAUUGUCGUUUCGGAUAUUUUUUACUUGCCAUUUUUAAACAACCCCCCUACAGAAUACGAUACAAUUUAUACUUCAAUGAUACGCUUACUUCAAUUAGCAAAGGAGCUUGAUCAAAAUCAUAUAGUAAUAACAGCGGAUCUUGCAAUCUAUUCCAAAGCUAGAGAAAUUUUAUGGAACGAUCCACCAGAACUAAAAGGCAGUGUAACAUUAAUGCUUGGAGGCAUGCACUUGAAUAUGGCAUAUAUUGCUAGCAUAGGCUACAUUUUUGGUGACGGCGGUCUUACAACUAUGCUGACUGAAACUGAUGUAUAUGCCGAAGCUACAUGUAAACUUAUGAUGGAAGGUAAACAGUAUUCACGGGCUAUUCGUGGAUUGACUUUAGCUGCUGAUGCCUUAUUCAGAUUGUUUUUCAAAUCAUUAGAACAUUGGUGUAACAAUCCAGAAUCAAAUAAAUUCCUAACUCAGGAGCUUAAUACUUCUAUAGAAGAUUUGAGAAAUGAAUUUAGAAGCCAUAAAUAUGACAAGCAUAAAUUUGAUAAAUUUCUUGAAAAAAUUGAGACGCUCCAGAAUAUCAUCAGACGUUUUGUUGAAUCCGGCUAUGCCUAUUCAACAUUUAAGUUUUGGCACUCUUUCCUAAUAGCAGUUGAGCUUCUCUGGAGACUGCUCAAGUCAGAAAGAAAUGGAGAUUUUCAGGCACACUUAUGUGCUGUAUAUGAUACACUGCCAUAUUUAUCAGCUGCUGGACGAAAUUUAUACUUUAAAUGGGUUCCAGUAUAUAUAUCCGAUAUGGAGAAAUUGAAAGUAGAAGUCCCUGACAUGUUUGAAUUUCUAGCAGCUGGUAAUUUUGUUGUAAAAAAAACCAACGGAAAAAAGUUCAACUGUGUGGCCUCAGACAUGGCUCUCGAGCAAUCCAUUAAUAAAGACUGCAAGAGCUCUUCUGGAAUAAUUGGAUUUUCUAAACAACCAGGGGCUCUUCUACGAUGGAUGACAACAAGGCAUAUAUUGGGAGAUUAUUCUAAAAAUUUUUUGGAAGCCACCUCAAAAAUAGUCAAAAAAGGAAAGAAAGAAGCGUCUCUGCAAAGCGACUCUAGGAUGGAAGGAAAAAAUGAAGAAGAUGUUCUAAAAAUCCUCAAUAGCAUAGAGAACUAUUGGUGUAAUCCGUUUGAUCUAGAUAAUGCCCCAGACCGCUUAGUUAAUAUAUGUACAGGAAAAAUAGUUAACGAAGAAGUAGAGAAGAGUCUGGGAAAUUUCUUAGAAAUUGCAACAGAGAAAGUCCAACAUAUUUUGAAUAAUCCACGUGAAGAGGAUUUCUGGAAACCUGCGAAAAGAAACAAAAUACAAACUUUCAAAGACACCAAAGUCAAGCCAAAAGCCAUGGCAAAAAAAACGUUCAUUGGAUCAGAAUGCAUGUUUCGUCGGAUAAUAUGUGCAGCACGAUUUCAAGAAAUGGACUUGUCUAAUAUAAAUUAUCAUAUGAGUUGUCUUCAGUUCCAGCAUCUCUAUUUCAUGAAGAUGGUUCUAUGCGUAAAACGACAAAAUCCGACUUGGCUAAAAAACUUGAGUCAUUUACUGAAAUAA